UUUGGACGAAGACUUACUUGUAGCAUUCUUACUCUUCUCGGAGUCAGCUUUUAGUAGUGCAUUGGGGCGGGGGAGGGGGGCCCGCUCGGCAGACACGGACAGCCUCUGACCCUCCGGAGUUGGUAUGUGAUAAGCAGCCCUAGCAGUGCCAUGUAUUGGAAAAGCGAGCAGAUGUUUGUGUGUAAACUAGAAGAAAAGGACGUGCCGGAGCUGGCAGUUCCCCCUGAGAAGUGCCAGGGGCUCAUGUCGGAGGAGUGCGGGCGGACUGCAGCCCUGGCGGCCGGGAGGACUCGGAAAGGCGCCGGGGAAGAGGCACUGGUGAGCCCCGAGGGAGUGGGGGACGAGGACUCGUGCUCCUCCUCGGCCCCACUGUCCCCGUCGUCCUCGCCCCGGUCCAUGGCCUCGGGCUCCGUCUGCCCCCCUGGCAAGUGUGUGUGCAACAGCUGCGGCCUGGAGAUCGUGGACAAGUAUCUUCUCAAGGUGAAUGACCUGUGCUGGCAUGUUCGGUGUCUCUCCUGCAGUGUCUGCAGAACCUCCUUAGGAAGGCAUACCAGCUGUUAUAUUAAAGACAAAGACAUUUUCUGCAAACUUGAUUAUUUCAGAAGAUAUGGAACUCGAUGCUCUCGCUGUGGGAGGCACAUCCAUUCUACUGACUGGGUCCGGAGGGCCAAGGGGAAUGUCUAUCACUUGGCGUGCUUUGCCUGCUUUUCUUGCAAAAGGCAACUUUCCACGGGAGAGGAAUUUGCUUUGGUGGAAGAGAAAGUCCUCUGCAGAGUGCAUUAUGAUUGCAUGCUGGAUAAUUUAAAAAGAGAAGUGGAAAAUGGUAAUGGGAUUAGUGUUGAAGGCGCCCUCCUCACAGAGCAAGAUGUUAAUCAUCCAAAACCAGCAAAAAGAGCUCGGACCAGCUUUACAGCAGAUCAGCUCCAGGUUAUGCAAGCACAAUUUGCUCAGGACAACAACCCAGAUGCACAGACCCUCCAGAAACUGGCAGAAAGGACAGGCUUGAGCAGACGUGUGAUACAGGUGUGGUUUCAGAACUGUAGAGCCCGCCACAAGAAACACGUCAGUCCUAAUCACUCUUCCUCCGCCCCAGUCACAGCAGUCCCGCCCUCCAGGCUGUCUCCACCCAUGUUAGAAGAAAUGGCUUAUUCCGCCUAUGUGCCCCAAGAUGGGACAAUGUUAACUGCGCUGCAUAGUUACAUGGAUGCUCAUUCACCAACAACCCUUGGACUCCAGCCCUUGUUACCCCAUUCAAUGACACAACUGCCAAUAAGUCAUACCUAAUUCCUUUUUUCAGGGAUAGAAAUAAUUAAGGAUAUAAACUUGUCAUUUAUUAUGUACAAAAUGCCAUUGAAAAUAUAUUAAUGUUAAUUUUUUAUUUAACACCCAAAGCAUUUCCAACAUCACUUUGCUGCCCAGGUAUGUAUCUCUAGUUGGCCUGCAAGACACUUUUAUUGAUUCUUCAUUUUUUGUAAAACUUAUGUUUACAAGAGGAAAACAAAUCAAAACUUUUUUUUGUAUUGUAUGGAAAUAAUUCACUCGAGUGUGUAUCUGUUAAUUUAUUUGUCAUCAAAAGAGCACUUUGCCUAAAAGAAAGGACUGACAAGUGUGCAAAAUGUUUACAAUCCUUUGUGAAAUUGUAGUGUAUCAUUAGUUUGUAUCUGUAAGUUAUUGUUAUAAAUAUUACCUGUAUUUUUUUUGUUAUAUACAGCUUUAUACUUUGAAGCGUGUAUCUGUGAAUUUGCAACUGAAAUUUAUUUUGCCAAUGUUUUCUGAAUGAACCGAAUAAAGCUUCUGUUGUAGCAUGCCAUG